UGUUUUCAGUUACCUAACCACACAUUUUUUGAGCAUUUGAGUUAAUGAGGAAUAUUUUCUGUAAUUGAAAGACUGCCUGAAAAAUGCAAUUUUCAGUUCAAUGUAAUUAAUAAGAACACCCGUAGAUCUUCUAAAAAAAUAGCUGUGUAGUACACCUUAAGAUAAUAUAAUAAUGACUUCGGGUACCGUUGUUGUAGGGGGUGGCAGUGGAUUUAUUGGUUCAUAUUUAAGCAAACUUUUAAGUGCUAAAGGGUAUGACGUACAUAUUAUUUCCCGUAUGCCGGGCAUACAAAGGAUGACUUGGACAGAUCUUAAAGAGAAAGGAUUGCCAGAGCCUACAACAGCUGUAGUAAAUUUAGCAGGACAAAAUGUCCUGGAUCCCAGUAGAAGAUGGACAACCGGUUUUAAGCAGAAUGUUUGGAAUUCUAGAGUUAACACAACAACUGCCUUGGCAAAUGCAAUUAAUCGAGCAGAAACAACACCUACUGCUUUUGUAACAAUGUCUGGAGUUGGUAUUUAUAAACCUUGCGAAAGUACAAUCUAUAAUGAAUCUAAAGAAACGACAGAAUUUGAUUUUCUAUCAAAGUUAUGUCAUACAUGGGAAAAAAGUGCAGUUUUGCUAUCAGACAAAGCUUGUCGUGUUGUAAACCUUCGUAGUGGUGUGGUGUUAGGUAGAAAUGGUGGAAUGAUAAAACAAUUAUAUUGGCCAUUCUAUCUUGGUUUGGGAGGACCUAUUGGAAAUGGAAAGCAAUAUCUACCUUGGAUUCAUGUUAUUGAUUUAUGUAGAUUAAUUCUAUUUAGUAUAGAGAAAAGUAAUGUCACAGGGCCAAUGAAUGCUGUAGCUCCUGACAUAGUUACGAAUGCCAAAUUUACUUCAGUAUUGGCUGAUACAAUGAAAAGACCUGCUGUUUUUCCUGUACCUGCUUUUGUAUUGGAUGUAAUAUUUAAUGGAGAACGUGCAAAAAUGAUGACACAAGGUCAAAAAGUGAUCCCAGAAAAAGCAUCUAAUUUAGGUUUCAACUUUUUAUAUCCUAAAAUAGAAGAUGCUUGCCGCAUUACUAUAGAAGGUAAGGAAACAGAUAAUUUAGAAUUUGCGUGAUAUCAGUUGUGUUGAUUUGCUGAAUUUGGGUGAUAUUAUUUAGACUGAAAUGUUAACUGUUUAAUAAAACUUUAGAUUAAUUUUUA